AUGAUUAAAAAUUCAAAUAUUAAUUCAAAUAGUAGAUUAGAUGAUCCAAUUUUACAAGAAAUUGAAUUAAAUAAAGUAGAGAUUGGAAAGCAUGCAUCUUGGUCCGUUUCAUCUGCAAAACCAGGAUCAGGUGUUGAACAAUUACGUGAUAAUAAUUUAGAUACAUUUUGGCAAUCAGAUGCACAGCAACCUCAUCAUAUUACAAUUCAAUUCCCAAAGAAAUGUUAUAUUGAAAACUUAUUAAUUCAUUGUGAUUAUAAAUUGGAUGAAAGUUAUACACCUUGUAAAAUAUCAAUAAAAGCUGGUACAAUAUUACACGACCUUCAAGAAAUUAUAUUAACAGAAUUAGAAGAACCAUCUGGUUGGAUCAAUAUUCCAUUAAGUUUUAAUAAUAAUUCGCUUAAAGCAAAUUUAUUACAAAUAUCAAUUUUAUCAAAUUUAAAAAAUGGAAGAGAUUCUCAUAUUAGGCAAAUAAAAGUUUAUGGAAAAAAAAUCUCAAUAGAAAACUAUACUCAAUAUCCAAAAUUUAAUUCACCAGAAGUAUCAAUGUUUCAAACUUUAAGAUAA